GCCGUGGACAGGAGAACAGAAGAGAGAAGAGGAUAUCAGAGGUGUAGUGGAGCUGGAGACAAGACGGGGAACCUCUGGAGUCAGCACCCGCCACCCAAAACCUGCAGACAAAGGAGACCUUGACCAGCUUUUCCAAUCACACACUCGUCUAUCUAUACAUAGCCACAUACACGUUUCAUUUCACACACGCAUCAGCUCUCACACACGCGCAAACUUACGCAAACUUACACACACAUACACCCACAGGCCGACCUGCACUUGUUUCAGCCUGCAACUUCACACACACUCUCUUCUCAAGAUGUUUGAGGAGCAGGCGACCAAGGUCAAGAUCACUUCAGUGGUGAUUGUUGUGGGGAUGUCGUCGAUGCUGGCGGCGGUGGUGACUGACCACUGGGCCGUGCUAAGCCCCCGGGUAGAGAAGCUCAACGCGACCUGCGAGGCGGCCCACUUCGGCCUCUGGAGGCUCUGCAAGAAGAGUAUCUACAUCGUAAAGGAGGACCCUCAGGGCAAAGGCUGUGGCCCCAUCAGCUUACCUGGAGCAAAAAACUGCUCCUACUUCAAACACUUUACAUCAGGGGAAGAAGCUGAAGUUUUUGAAGUCAAGACACAGAAAGAGUAUAAUAUUUCAGCAGCAGCCAUUGCCAUCUUCAGUUUGUUCUUCAUGAUCCUGGGUACCCUCUGCGUUAUCUUCUCCUUCGGAAAGGGACGGGACUACCUGCUCCGGCCUGCUGGGAUGUUCUUCGCCUUUGCAGGCCUUUGUAUCAUCAUUUCUGUUGAGGUGAUGCGGCAGUCUGUCAAGCGUAUGAUUGACAGUGAUGAGACCAUCUGGAUUGAAUACUACUACUCCUGGUCCUUCACCUGUGCCUGCGCCUCCUUCACCCUCCUCAUCCUCAGUGGAGUGGCUCUGCUCCUCAUCUCCAUGCCCCACAUGCCACGUAACCCCUGGGAGACCUGCAUGGACGCUGAGCCUGACACCUUAGAUUAACUACAGUUGACACUAAGCGCACACAUCUGAGGAUCGGGUUAAUUAAAAAUACAAUUGGUUUGCAUAUUUUACCGCUUACCAGUCCAAUAUUUGUGGCGAGCUGGUAAGUAUGCAGAUUUUUCAUUCUGAUCCAAUAUUAAUCUGACAAAUAUUAGUUUCAGUUUAUGUUUGUAUAAUAAUC